GGCGUGAAUAGGACAGAAUUGGAAAACCAACUCAUUGUGUUGAUGGGUUUUCUUCUGUGUUGCCAUUUCUAGGAAGAGAAAAUCUCAUUAAAGAGAGAGAGGGUUAAAGAAGAAGAAGAAGAAGAAGAAGGAGAGACCAAACCCAAGUGUAUCAACAUUAACCAUCUCCUUCCUCCUUCUUCCCCUUCCCCUCUCUCCCCAAAACCCUCUCUUAAAUUGCUUUUAUUAAAUAUUUAAAAUUCUUACAAACAAUCACAGCCAUUUUUAUUUAUGGGAAACUGUUGCACAACCCCAUCAGGAAUAAACAAGAAGGGGAAGAAGCAGAAGCAGAAGCAGAAUGGGAUAGGGAAGAAGUUGGUGGUGCUGCAGAAGCCAACGGGCCAUGACAUUGGGCUUCGCUAUGAGUUGGGCCAAGAAUUGGGUCGAGGGGAAUUUGGAAUAACGUAUCUAUGCAUGGACAGAGAAACGAAGGAGGAGAUGGCAUGCAAGUCGAUUUUGAAAAAGAAGCUCAGAACAGCCAUUGAUAUUGAAGAUGUGAGGAGAGAGGUGGAGAUCAUGAAACACUUACCCAAACACCCCAACAUCGUCUCGUUGAAGGACACUUACGAAGACGACAAUGCCGUUCACCUCGUCAUGGAACUUUGUGAGGGUGGCGAGCUUUUCGACCGCAUCGUCGCGCGUGGCCACUACACGGAACGCGCUGCCGCUGUCGUCACCAAAACCAUCGUCGAAGUUGUGCAGAAUUGCCACAAACAUGGUGUGAUGCAUCGGGAUCUCAAACCUGAGAACUUUUUAUUUGGAAACAAGAAGGAAACAGCACCUUUGAAAGCUAUUGACUUUGGAUUGUCAGUUUUCUUUAAACAAGGUGAAAAAUUUGAUGAAAUAGUUGGAAGUCCAUAUUACAUGGCUCCUGAGGUAUUAAAGCGUAAUUAUGGCCCUGAAGUAGAUAUUUGGAGUGCAGGAGUAAUUCUUUACAUCUUACUUUGUGGUGUUCCGCCAUUUUGGGCAGAAACUGAACAGGGAGUUGCUCAAGCAAUUAUACGAUCGGUUGUUGAUUUUAAAAGGGAGCCAUGGUCAAAGGUUUCUGAUAAUGCAAAGGACCUUGUGAAGAAGAUGCUUGAUCCUGACCCACAGAGCCGGCUGACUGCACAACAAGUGUUAGAUCAUCCAUGGCUACAAAAUGCAAACAAAGCUCCUAAUAUUUCAUUGGGAGAAGCUGUUAGAGCAAGGCUCAUGCAAUUUUCUGUGAUGAACAAACUCAAGAAAAGAGCUUUGAGGGUGAUUGCAGAGCAUUUGUCAGUAGAAGAAGUUGCUGGAAUAAAAGAGGGAUUUGAGCUGAUGGACACAAGCAAUAAAGGCAAGAUUAACAUUGAUGAGCUACGAGUAGGGUUGCAGAAGCUAGGCCACAAUAUUCCUGAUGGAGAUGUCCAAAUACUUAUGGAAGCUGGUGAUGUAGACAAAGAUGGGUAUCUAGAUUAUGGAGAGUUUCUAGCCAUUUGUAUUCAUUUGAGAAAGAAAGACAAUGAGGAGCACCUUCACAAAGCAUUCCAAUUUUUUGAUCAGAACCAAAGUGGAUAUAUUGAAAUUGAGGAGUUACAUAAUGCCUUAGCUGAUGAGGUUGAAACAAACAAUGAAGAAGUUAUCAAUGCAAUUAUGCAUGAUGUGGACACUGAUAAGGAUGGAAGAAUAAGUUAUGAGGAAUUUGCUGCAAUGAUGAAGGCUGGCACAGAUUGGAGAAAAGCAUCAAGGCAGUAUUCACGAGAGAGGUUUACUAGUCUAAGUCAAAAAUUGAUGAAGGACGGCUCAUUGCAAUUAAACAAUGACAAACAAUGACAAUGACAAGAUUUACACAUGGAAAUGCAAAAAAGAUGUCAUCCUUUUAUUCUUUUUCUUUCAUUGUGAUUCUUUUCUCUAUUUUUUCUCUUAUAUCCUUUCAAGAAAUCCUCAUAAUUUUGGGGUGAAGUGGGAUAUAGGUUUGAGCAGUAAUGUUUAUGGUUUGCGGUGUAUGUUAUUUUUUGUGGUUCUUUUGGUUUGUUGACAGCAUCAUUGGAGAAAGGAAAGGAUGGGAAAAUUGGAUGAGUCUU